AUGACCAGAGGGCGUUGCUCGGCGUCGGCGGCUCGCCGAGCAGACUCCGCCCACUUUUGUGCUUUCGGAGCCGGCGGCUCCUCCUUUCUGAUCUCGACCAACCGUUUUCCUUUCGAUUUUACCGUAUAUUUUGGGAUUUUUGGGUAGUUUUUUGAGAUUUAGUCUGUUUUUUUUAUGUGCUAUUCGCUGUCUCAGUUGUAUUUUCGUCCAAAAAAGCUGAAAAAAUCGGUAAAUUGAAAAAGUUGAUUAUUUCAUUUAUAGGAACUAAGAUCAACUUGACAGAUUUUUUCUAUAAGAAACUUGAGAACUCGAAAAAAAAAGAGAGCUUCUUCUCUUGAGGUACUUUUUCGGUUCAGAAAUUUUUUUAAGAUCAAGAAGAAGAAGGAAAAAGUAUUUCUUGAAAUUUGCUAAAGGGCUUUGUUUCGGGGAACCAUUGAGAUUUUAACCGAAAGGCAAAAAAAUUAUUAAUCGUCGAUUAACCAGAUUUAUCGUCAUUUUUGUUAAUUCUCGUUCAAUUUUUCAAAAGAGCAAAAAGAAAUUUGAUAUGAAAGUCGACUUUUUAUUCUCGAAAAUAUGUUAAUUUACCGAUUUAAAUCGUUUUUUUUGUCUGUAGAAAUUUGGAAAGUCAUUCAACUAUUUUAUUGCCUGUUUUGAAACUUUUGUUUUUGGAAUAAAGUCGAUUUUUUUCGUCUUAAAAAACUUGAUAAAUCUUUAAAGGUCACGAGUUUUUGAUAUUUUCAGGUAGUAGGGCUAAGCUCCGAUUUUAAGCUUUCUAUGUAAUAUUUAUAAAAAUAAUAAUCGUUAUUAGAGUUCAAAAGCCUGGUCAGGUUCAAAAAUGAGUCUUUCAAUACUAUUUUAAGAUACUUUUAGUUUCCUACUCUACGUCUUCAUUCUUGGAAUGAGAGGAUCAAGCUCCAGUUUUGAUUAUCUCACAUUAUUUUCGAAGAAAAACUGUCUUUAGAGCUCAAAAAACUUGAUAAGUAAGCUUUUUGGCGCAAUUUUGACGUUUUAAAACAUUCAUUUCCCUUUUACUGUUCGAAAAGGGGGAAUAAGCUUGACGAAUGUUUGAAAACAAUAGGCAUCUUGAAAGCUCACCACGAAAUCGGCUCAAGAAAGUGUCAGUUUUCCGUUUUUCUGCAUGGUUUCGAUGCCGUCUGUGUGUGAAACUCAAAACUCGCAAAAAAGGUCGGUCAGUGGGGGGAGGGAAAACCGGGGACGGCCAUGAACUUGCUCUCCCCUCCUUUUGUCGUUGUUCACUUUUAUUUGCACAGGAUCCCAACCCUUAUGGGUUUUUGCUUCUCAAGGAAAUGCAUCUUGAGACGACGAAAAACGACGUUCUUUUUGUGGGCGAACAUGAUGAAAUUUUUAAGAAAAUGAGCCCGAUUUCGAAUUUUUCAAAAUUUUCAAAGUUUUCAUGUAAUCUAUGAAAGCUCACAAGCCAGAUUUGUAAUGUCAAGUGCAAUGUCGUCAUUCAAAAAAACUCUGUGGAUGGCUCGCUCUCUGAUUGGUUUAUCGCACUAUUAGGGGCGGAGCUUGAGCGACGACUUGACAUUCAAGAUCUGAACAGACUAUGGGAUUGAUUUUUUGAUCUUAAAAAAAUGUCCCUGAGAAGAUUUUUUGGGACAUACAGGGACUCUUCAAGGACUCGUUUUGCAUUUUUUCCAAAUUCCACUAAAGUUGCUUCUUAAAACCAUAGUGAAGAUUAGGUAUGAAAAAAUGACCUAUUAUAGGAGGGGAGGUUAAUGGAUUACACGUUUUUACUCCGAAUUUCCCCUAAAGUGGUCACUUAAAAUUAACCAGGGCUUCUAAGUUCAUGUUUGAAUGUAAGGCCCCGAAUUCGAUGUUUUCAAACAAACCAAUACAUUUUCCAGGGUUUUCCAAAAUUUUUUUCAUUGUUUUCUUCAAUUUUUUUCAUAGAGCAUACAGAUUGAAAUGUUUGACAUGUUUUUUUUUUGGGAAAUUGAGAAUCUAAUUUUUUCAGGAAAAAAGACACGAAAAGCCGAUCACGAAUGGUCAGGAGACGAUGAGAACGACGGGAAACUCGAUUUUUCUAUUCAUUUGUGCCGUCUUUCAAAUAGGUAUACCUUCGUUUGAUCCAUUUUUGCUGGUUUUUGGGAAACUAUUUUGAAGUCUUUAUACCGGGAAGAAAGGUAGAAAAUCAUACGUUGUGAAAUUUUUCAUAUGAUCUCAUUGUUGCUGAAAAACUACUAGAAAAGGUUUUUUCACCUGGAAAUGGAAAAAAAAGAGAAUUCAAUAGUUUCCAUGCCUCUUUUUGUCGAAGUGUCCAACAGUUUCCCUGUCUUUCUAUUGUCCACAAAUUUUGACCUGCCAACUUUCUCCAUUGUUCUUAUUUGCCUACUGAGGCUAUUGAAAUGGAACUUGUGGGGUCAAACUUACAGUUUUCUAGUAGGAUUCUUCAGUCUGCCAAAGUGCGAUUUCGGUAGAAAUUGAGAAAUGAGAAAGGGAUUUUAUAUAUUAAUUUACCUGUGAAAGUUAUAACUUUUAAGGUAAUUUUUUGAGAGAAGGUUUCUGUCGAAAACUUCAAAAUAAGAUUUUUUUUUUCGCGAAAAAUGGUUUAUUUUGUUAGGAUUUUCUCUUCAAGAGCUAUUUGAGCUAAAAUUCAUUUUUUUUUCUAUUCAUUGUAUGUUAUUUUUUUAGUUGUCCAUGGUAACUGAAAAAAAGGUGGAAAAAGUUGAAAUUUUAAUUUUACAGAAAAUUUUAGCUUAAUUUCUAUUCAUGAAUCAGGUUUUUGAAGCUCUUCACUUUUUUCCAAGAAUAUAUAUAAAAUUGCUUUGCAUAAUUUCGCCCCCCUCUGAAAAAUUGACUUAAAAGCAUUUUUGAGCGUUACAGACUUUUUUUCGGGAAAAAAAUCAUCAAAUUUUUCGGAUCUUUCUAAAAGUUAGUGUGAAAUUCAGUAACACUUCUUUCAAGAAAAACGAGCAAUCCCCGAUUUUUCUUUUUUUACUGUUUCCUUUUUCCCUUAUCACCUCCAAUCGCAGAGGGAAAGUUGAUAUAAGUAUUAGUCUAUUCCAAAAAUAUCCGAUCAAUUUCGAAAAAAUUAAGUUGAGAAGAAAAAAACUUGUGCGGUGGUCAGUUUUUGCUCAUUUCGUUGAAUUUUUUGACAGCCGAAGCGAACAAUUUUCGCAGUCCAAUUGUUUGGCGAUUUUUUUCCCGUCUUCCCACGCCGCUUGACUUGACACGUUUCCUUGCUUCCUUUUUCGAUUUUCGAUUUAGGAAGGUGAUUUUUAAGGGUAACUAUAAAGGUUUUUUUAUGUUUUCGAUACCGAUUGAAUAUCGAGAAAAUUUUGCCUUUUGUCAAAACAUGACUUUGGAAAUAUGAAAAAAGUCAGUAUUUUUUUGUUUCAGAACUGAACCUUGUCAACCAGUGCAAAGAAUAGUUCAGUGGAUUGAAAUUGAGAGUUUGAUCCUUUUUUUAACUUUAGAAAAAUUUGAAAACUUGAAAAUUCAGCAAAUUUUGACUUUCAGCCUGGGGGAUGCCAAUUUCAAUCAACUUUUUAGAAGUCAAAAACUUUGCUGAAAUUUCCGAUCAAACUAAUGAGCUGGCAAAUUUUUGACCUCUAAAAGUUUUAAACCCUGAAAAUCCGGUCGAUUUCCGCGAAAGAACUGCAGAAAAAAAGAUGGAGGAUAUCCAAUUACCUGAGCCUCUUCAAUAUUUGGUCUUUUUGCCCCGCGUUUUCCGAAGGAAGCUCGCCAAUGGAGAAGGAAAACAACUUUUUCAACCGUCCGAAAGAAGUCUGGCUUUGGCUGGAUUUGGCCAUGUUUUCGAAUCGAUUUCUGAGGGGAUUUUUUGGAAAAGUCGAGCUUUUGCACUAUUAAAAAAUGAAUUCUGAAGGGGUAAAGAAGGUUCAACUUUUCCAGAAUGUCUAAAAAAGUUUCUGGAAUUUCACUGGCUUUUCUCGAUUUUUGAGAUUCACAGGUAAAUCAAGAUUUUUUAAAGUCUUAGGAUAUAGAAAAUCCAAAUGAAGUUAGGUGAUUCUGGUUGAGAUUUCAACAGUUUUUAGUAGUUAUGGGGUUUUGAUAGAAUAGGAUUAGCUCUUGAAAGAUCUGAGCUUUUUUUUUCUGUCUAUUUGGAAGUUGAAUAAAGAAAAAAUGAGAUUUUCGUCCCUUUUUUCGAAUAAAAACAGGUUAACUCCAUACAGUUCUUCUGAAUUUUCGAAAGGAAUUUUCAAAAAUUGAAUCUACAAAAAUUUGAGACUUUUGAGGUCACGACCGAACAUUGCGAGUUUUCAAUUCCAAGGGUUUGAACUAUUAAAAAAAGUCAAUGGUCGAGAUUUCCUGUGAGAAUUUCUGAUGAAAAUUAGGCUCCUAACUAAAAAAAAGUCAUACGAAUAAGAUCCAGUUUUUUUUCUCUCUCUCUCCAAAAAGUUCUGCGUGAAAUCAACUCGCGUGAGCCGCGUCUCAUCAGCUUAUCAUCGGAAUUAAUCGCCUCGGGCGCGCGCGAAAAACCCACAAAAAACCGCCUCUUUUUUGACCAGAAACGUGAUGGUUUUCGGUUAGCCGUGGAGCAAAUCAGUCAUCAAACUUUUGAUUGGGGGAAAAUAAAAAUCAGGGCUACCUUAUCAAAACCAUUUUUGGGCAAAAGUUGCGCAUAGACCAGUUGAUUAGAGCAAAUAUUUGCGCCGCCGCCAGUGGCCACCGAAAAUGCCACCCUCACCAAGAGGGAGAGAGUUGAUAGUUGUCAAUUGGCCGCACUUUCGAGAGUCGGCUCUAAGGAGCGCCUUAUUUGGAUUGCAACAUUUGUUGCUGUUGUUGUGAGGGCUUAUGAGGCAUUUGGAAGGGAUUUGUUGGAAUGAUUGUCACUGGAGCGCAGAAAUCUUGAAAAAACGGCCUUUUAGUGAUAAUCAUUUAUCCAUUCACAAGGUGAAAAUAAUGAAUAAGAUGGGAACCGGUUUAAGGUCACCUUCAAGAGUUUUUGUGAUGUCUUAUGAGGGGAUUUGUUGGAAGGAUUGUCAUUAGAGCGCAAAAGAUCUAAAAAACGGCCUUUCUGCCUUUUUUCAAGCUUUAGUGAUAAUCAUUUAUUCAUACGCGAGGUGAAAAGAAUAAAUUAAGUUGAGAACUGGUUUAAUGUCACCUUCACGAGUUUUUUGAGGGCAUAUGAGGCAGUUGGAGGGGAUUUGUCAAUAGAGCGCAAAAAUCAUGAAAAAACGGCCUUUUUGCUUUUUUUUUUCUAUCUUUAAGUUUUAAAAAAAACACAUUUUCAGCCCUCAGUGACGUCAUUUUCACAUCGGAGCGUUGCGAUCGUGUCGUUUUCGGCCUGAAAAUCGUCUACGGCGAUCCAUCAAGGUGACUUUCCCUGUUUUUUUUUUUUAUUUCCACUCAAGACCGAUUUUUCUCAAGGUACAAGCAAUGCGGACCAUCCGGCCGUGUUUGGAUCGUCCCCUGUGCUCCUGGAAUGACCUUUGAUCCUGAGGAUCGGGUGAGAAAUGAGAUAGAAUGAGCAAUGAUGAGAAACAUUCUUUAGGUCUGCAAGGAUAGGACGGUCGAAGUGAGGACGGUCAAACCUAUGCGGAAAAUUGUCACGGUUGGUUUUAUCAAUAGAGCACACAAUACCUUGAAAAAAUAGCAGCUACAUUUUUCUUUCAUCCUAUUUUUUUUCCAGCCAAGAAUACUGACGACGACUGCGUCAACGACUUCUCGAGCCGAAGAAGAGUUCGUCUUUUCAACGGUUCGACCUAAACGGCCCAGACCUCGGACCAGGCCUGCCGCCAACGGGAAAGGCUCUCCAAGGCCUAGAGUCAAAAUAAGAAAAACCACCACGCCAAGACCCACCACAGUCGCCUACUCCGCCGAGAAGUUGACGUCUUCUGAAUCUUUUGCCAAUCCUCCGAGACCCACGUCGGCCGAACAAUUCAACUCGAGAAAGACGACGACCGAAGCGCCUUAUCGACCCGCCUUCACGCCGCCGAAUCGCUUCAGAAGCACCACCACGCCUAGAAGCGUCACUCAUGCUACCAAGUUUCGACCUUGGCCGGAAGCUCAGACCAAGCCGACCCCGGAGCCAGUUGGAUAUCCAGAAACGCUCCCUCCUUAUAGCGGUACUGUUCAUCAACCUCUUCAAGAAGAGACUGAUAGGGCUACCACAAUUCAGCCGGAGUACACGGUCAAGUACAACGGACGGAGCAUGACCGAACAGGAGUUCCUGUCCCAGUUGAUGAACAUUGUUCAGCACCAGAAGGCCGUCAAUGAGCGGGAACAGCGUGAGAAGUUCGAGGAGAUGCAGAAGGAGCGGCUCAAAGAGGAGGCCGAAGACCGAGUCAGAAAGGAGCAGGAGCAGUUGAGAAUUGAAGCUGAAGAACGACAUCGCAAGUUCGAAAUGAUCCGAGAGCAGGAGCGACAACGCGAGAUGGAAAGGAUCGAGCUGGAGAAGCAGAAGGAGUUAGCUAGAAUCAGAGCUGCCGAGAAGGUCGAAAUGGAAAGGAGAAAAGAGGAAGAGCGGCUGGAAUUAGAGAGAAGAAGAGAAGAGGCCGAGAGGGUUCAGAAGGCCGAGAUGGAGCGACAGAAGGAGCUGGAGGAGAAGAGACAGAGAAAGCUCCAGAAGGCUGAAGAAGAACGACAGAGACAGUAUCAACUCCAGAAAGAGAAGGAAGAACGGCAGAGACAGAUCCAACUUCAGAAAGCCGAAGAAGAGCGACAGCGUCAAUACCAACUUCAGAAGGCAGAGGAAGAACGACAGAGACAGUAUCAGCAUCAGAAAGAGGAAGAAGAACGGCAGCGGCUCCAGAAGGCCGAGGAGGAAGAGCGUCAGAAGCAGAUUCAACUCCAAAAGGCUGAAGAAGAACGACAGAGGCAAUAUCAGCUCCAAAAAGCGGAGGAAGAACGACAGCAUCAGCUGGAACUUCAGAAGGCCGAAGAAGAACGUCAAAGACAGUACCAACUUCAAAAAGCUGAAGAGGAGCGACAGCAGCAGGUCCAGCUUCAAAAAGCCGAAGAAGAACGUCAGUACCAACUCCACCAGCUCCAACUCCAGAAAGCUGAGCAAGACCGUUUGCUGGCUGAGCGAGCAGAGCAGCAGAGGAGAGAGAUGGAGAGGUUUACCGAAAUAUAAUCAUUAAAAAGAGUUAAGCAUGGUUUCAGACUGGAGAGAGAGCGUCAGGAGAUGCAGCAGAUGAUUGAGAGAGAAAGGCAGCAUGUCUUAGGAGGAGGAGGUUCAGAUUUUCAGAAAGGUGCCAAUGAAUCAAUGGACUUUCAGAAACCACGCGAGGGACGCCGAUUUAUCGCCCUGCACUGCCUGAAGGGGGAUACGGAGAAGUUCAGCAAAGGUUUUGGGAGAUUUCAGAUCUUUUUAAAAACUUUAUAAGCCCUUAGAAAUUCUUAGGUUUUCCUAGAUUAUCUGAGAGCUUCUUAAAGACACCAAACUUCCUAAAAGUUGAAAAUUUUGGGUCUCAAAAGGUUUCAGAGAGUCUCUUUUUCUUGAAAUCUUCGUUAUGGCUCUAAAUCCUCCUGGUUCAUCAUCAGAACUAUGGAGCUUGAAAAUUUCAUGCUCCUUUCAAUUCUGGAGGCUACAAGGCCAAAGACACCCAACUUUUCUCAUCUUACUAACCUCAGACCCGACGUCGAGUCGCAAAUGAUCCGCUUCACGACGGCCAAGCCUGAAUGGGUGACGUCAUCGAACUCAUGGAAGCCACCGAAUGGCUGGGAGAAUAAUGAGAUCGACUUGGAAGAUCAGAAUGUGGUAUGGUGCAAGUCUGUGCCGGUCUGAGCAAUGUUUCAGGUGGCUUCUGGCGGACCGGGCGAGCCGCGAGUCCUCCGAGGAUGUCUCAUCAAUGGAGAUUGCCCGUUGGCUUACGAUUUCGACACCUUGUGUCCUCAUCCGCAGUGAGUGUACUUGAGGGGUCACUUAUGUUUUAUUUAUCGGUUUUAUGUUUUUGGUCGUUUUUUGAAGAACUCGCUCCGCCGAGUAGAUUCUAUAGGCCAGAGAGGCGGUUUUUUAAGGACACGAUUUUUUAAAAUUUCUUCGUGAAUAUCCCUCAAAAUAUCCCUCGAGCAUUAUAGUUGCAAGGCCUCAGAAAAAAAUUUUUCUGAAAAAAUUACUUUUUUUGAUCAACUACAGCUUGAUACUCUACCCAUUGGGCUUCUUUUUCGAACUGGAUGAAGACCUCACCGUUUUAUUCAGUGACCAUUCUUGGUACCUUCAAUGCGCGCCAAUGCUUGGACGCCGUGGCCGCUGGACCGAACGGCAAUGUCCCGAUACCCUGAUCUUUGUCCCCGAAUUGGCGCGAUGCGAGAAGAGCGCGGUAAGAAGUGAUUUCAAAAUCGAAAAAUUCAGCUUAUUCUGAUUGGAAUGGUACAAAUACUGUUCGAAAUGGAUGAUUGUAACGGAAGUUAUGAUUUUUUGAAUAGAAGAAUCUUUUUAGCUUGGUUAUUUUGUUUCAAAUAAAUGAAACUUCAAAAAUAUUAGAAUAAAAGACUUUUAGGAUGCCUAAUUAAAAUCAUCAUGAUUCCUGUCAAAUAAUACUCGUUUUCAUUCAGAUGGGAAGGCCCCAAGAACCUUACAACCCAGAACAAAGGAUCGUGAUUCCAAGACUUCCGUCAGAAACUGGUUAUGUUCAAUGGCAAGGAAAUCGGUUGGUAUUCUCUUUUUUGUCUAGAUCGUUCAUCUCAUUAAAUUCCGUGUUUCAAGAGCUUUUGAACCAUACCAACAGUCUCAAACCAAAUUCCAGAGUCAUUGACACGGCUCCUCCCCAAACUCAUCAACCGCGGAUCUACCCGCCGGCGCCCGAACAGCCUGCGCCUCCGCCGGCCAUCUACAACACCAUCGAUCAGUUCCCGCACGAUCUGCUCCCGCAGAUUCAGAUGCCGUCACCUGGCAGCAACCUCGGCGUCGUCGACUUCUACGGAAGACCCGUCGACGUCCCGACGACGACGGCGUCGCCGAGGGACGGAUUCUACGUUCAGCCGCAGGCGCCGUAUAGUCAGGUGCGUGGAGGGAAUAACUGUAAGACUGAUUGUGGUGGCUCGGCUGUAGAGAUAGCUCGCACCGGCGUUUUUUCGAUCCACUUUUUCUCCGUAAAGUUUCGUGUAUUGUGUGCAUGCACUGCGCCGCUUAUGUGCAGAACAAAUUGCGUUUAUUCACACACCUCGGCUCAGCUUCUUCGUUGCGUUUUCCAAAAAUAAUAUAGACUUGAUAAAUAAUUGACGACUCGGCUGAGCGACGCGGCUGCACCUGACUUACUGUCAAAAAAAUAAUUCUGAAAAAAACUUCAAAUUUGGAAAUUUGCGUUCGAAUACCUAUGAUUAGUGUACUAAAAUAAUUUUUCUUUCGUCUAAUUUCAUUAAUUUUGCUUUUCUAGGAACUUCGGACGGGAAUUUUGAACUCGGUUCAUCGGCCAAGCAACUACGAAAAUGAGCUCAACUCGCCCGAUAACGUUGGUUUUUGUUUCUUUUUUUUCUGAGUUACUGUUUUUUUAAAAACAUAUUUUUCAGACAAUGCCGGCGGACAUGGACUUAUCGCGGAUCCAUCCGCUUUUCCCACGUGUUCAACCGAGAUUCCUCAAAAUGUUGCCGAGAAUCUCGUUGAAACUCAAUGACCCUCCUGCCAAUGUGAGAUCGAUCGGAACUAUCGUCAAACCGGUCAUCAAACAGGUCAAAUUAGCUUCCAAAAUGAAUAAUUCAGCGAACUUUUCUCAGAUCGCGAUGGAUCAAACGGAACAGUUCUUGGACCGAUUAUUGGCGGAUCACGGGGGCAGGAACUUGACGGAUUCUAUCGACCAGCUACGGAUAGAAGGCCAGAUGCCUGGAGAAGACGGCUAUUCAUUGAAAAAUUAA